CGCUUAGGUAACAACUAACAGGUGUAUUAUCAUAUUAAUAUUUAGUACAUACUGCAUAUACAAUCUUUGUAUAGGAUUUUACUGAUUUUUUUAUGGAUUUUAUUUAAAUGUAUAUUUAUUAUAUAAGAUAAAUAUAACGUACGACACACACGUAGUAUAGUAAUAUUGUUGAAGUUUUAAAACGUCAAGAAAUUACAGUCCGCCGUAAUAGUAUUCAAGAUAUCACAUUAAUAAUUGUAUCGGUGACCAGUGAUCGUCUUUACGAAAAUAUAAACCGAGAGCGAUGGGAUUUUUAAACAUUAACACAGGUCUAUUGAUCAUCAAGGYGCAUUAUUUUCUUUUCGACGCAGGAAAUUCRCCCAUCAACCCAUUUCUGUCGACGAUCGCCAAGCAGCUGGGCUUCUCACCGUCAGUGGUCGGUCAUAUUUUCACAUUUCUAAUGCUUCUGAACAUCGUGGUCAAACCACUAACUGGAUAUAUCACCGACAGAUGGAAAUGCCGGCGGACCGUGUUUUUGGGCGCCAUCCUCCUCAACGGUCUCAUAACUCCUAUGCUGUACUUCGUGCCAAGCGCCACAUCGUAUGCCGACGAGAUGUCAGACACCAAGGUUUUUGGAUCGCUGCAGUUCUGGAUGUUUUCGACAAUCGUCACACUGAGGAUGGUGUUGUUCAUGGUCGUCGUAGUCUUGCAGGAGACUAUAUGCAUGAGAAUCUUAGGUGGAGACACCGUCAAGUUUGGAAUGCAGGUGCUCUGUGGUGCAGCUGGAUGGGGUACCAUGUCUAUAGUGGCAGGAGGUAUUAUUGACUGGUACAGCAGUGGCCAAGCACAAAAGAACUAUCUCCCCGCAUAUUUGCUCUCGGCCGUCUCAUUUUUCCUAGAUUUCAUGGUGGCGUUCCACAUAAAGGUACCCGAAACCGAUGGACCGACAACAAACAUAAUUGCGGACGUGAAUGUAGUGUUGAAAAACGCCAAAGUAUGCGUUUUCCUUGUUUGGGCAACAUUCUUUGGAUUCUUCAUGGCGUACAUUUGGUUUUAUUUUAUCUGGUAUGUCGAUGAUUUGGCAACAAUUUAUCACCCUGAACGGAAAUCAAUGUUAAACUUAAUAAAAGGAUUUUCUCUUACUAUUGAGUGCUUAGGUGGGGAUGUCCCAUUUUUCUACUUAUCUGGCUACCUGAUCAAGCGUACCGGUCAUAUGACGGCUUUUUCGAUAUCAUUCGCAAUGUUCGCAUUGCGAUUUCUCUUAUACUCGAUCAUUCGAGACCCAUUGUGGGUAUUGCCUGUUGAGUUGUUAAAUGGUAUCACGUAUGGCUUGAGCUACAUUGCUGGCAUAUCAUAUUCUGCGAAAAUUGCCCCUGUCGGCAGUGAAGGAACAGUCCAAGGGUUAUUUUCGAUGGCGUUUCAAGGAUUUGGAUGUUCAUUGGGUGCAACAUUAGCCGGUUAUACAUUCAGCCAUUUAGGCAGCGUAUUAGCUUUUCGAUUUAUCGGUUUAAUCGCACUUAUAACGUGUGUCAUUCAAAUAAUCGUUAAUUACUUUUUAAAUCGGAAUAGAAAAUUAGUUGCAUAAAGAAGAGAAUCAAAAUAACAUAAAUAUCGACAAAAUAUUUAUGAUAACAAAUAUCUUUAUCCUUAUCAUAACCAAUCUGACGUCAAAGUUCAAAUUGAAGAAGAUUUAAGAGUUCCAUACACGAUCCAGGGCCCCUGGAGCCCUUCUGAAAUUUUGUAAAAGUAGAAACAUUUUAAAUAUGAAUAUUAUUAUUUAUUGAGUACUAUAUAAUUUUGGCACACUUACUGAUCGUUAUAUUAUGUACUCGAAUA